AUGAAUCGAAGCGUCGCAACAGUCCGUCCAGCAAGGUACCACCCAUGGCGCCUGGCUGGAUGCGGUAUACUACUACUAGUAGUCCUGGCACAUUCCACUACGGGAGCCGACCUGAAGGAACGGGCCCGUGCCGCUUUACUGCUGGAAAAACCGAACGGUCCUGCCAGCUGUAAAGUUGAACAACCUCAACCCUGUCCACCGAGCAAGUUCCGUUCGGCAUCGGGUGAAUGUAACAACUUCAAUCACCGGUUCUGGGGUGCCCGUGGAGAUGCAUUUAUCCGUCUGCUGCAGCCGGACUACGCCGACGGACGGUUGAAGCCACGUACUUCGAUCGGAUCGCAUGCAUUACCUGCACCAGACUUCAUCGUCAGUCAACUGCAACGAUCCGUAGAUGAGAAGGCUAUCCAUCCACACAUUACGGCUAUGCUGCCCGCCUGGGGACAGCUGUUGGCGUACGAUCUGGUGCAAAUCUUGUCACCAAACUCACGCUACCGUUGCUGUCGCAAUCAAACGCAAGCUGACGAAACGCAGGACGACGUUGUGCAGUGUUACGUACGGAUGGGUGAAGGAUGUCGCGAGUACAAACGAUCAAUCCCAUCGCACGAUCCUGCCAACUGCGAGUUCCACUAUCGUGAUCAGAUGAAUGCCGCUUCUGGCUUCCUAGAUGGUUCGGGACUAUACGGUACGACGGAGAAGGAAAUCCAUGCCCUGCGUACAUUCCUGAACGGCAAGGUAGAUACCGGUGCCUGUCUGCGCUGUAACGAGCCUGGUGCGAUCGGUGCAUUGCACACGGUUCUCCUGAAGGAACACAACCGCAUUGCCGAACAGCUUGCAAAACUUAAUCCGGAAUGGAGCGAUACUACGCUGUUCUACGAAACACGUCGCAUUGUGAUGGCCCAGAUUCAGCACAUCACGUACAGCGAGUUCUUGCCCAUUUUGUUGGGCAGUCAGAUCACGAACAAUCCCGACCUACGGUUGGAGAACGGUGGAUACUUCAGCGGAUACUCGAGUGCGAAUCGAGCCGGUGUCUUUGCUGAGGUAGCGGUCGGUGCUGUUCCAGCGUUCCUCACGAUGCUUCCACCGGACAUGUACAACGAUUCUAUGUCGGCCGAGAUUUUGCUUUCGUCACCAGCCAUGCAGCAAACGUUUAUCCCGGACCAUGCUAGCUUUAACGACGAGUGGACACCAAUUUCUCUGGCAAUACAGCGUGGACGCGAUCAUGGCGUACCGGCGUACCACAAGGCGAUCAAUUUGUGCGAGAAGCGCUUCGGCAAACCAUUCGGCAGCAAGCUCAGCUUUGACGACAUGCAAUACUUUGGACUGGGUCAAGGCAAGCGCGAAGUGUUAGAGAACAUGUACCAAGACCCGGAAGAUAUCGAUCUGCUGAUUGGUGGACUGAUGGAAACGCCAGCCUUGGGCACAGUGUUUGGACCAACGCUAUCCUGCCUGAUGGCGAUCCAAUUCGCAAACAUGCGCAGCAGCGAUCGAUUCUGGUACGAAAACGAUCUUCCACCGUCUUCGUUGACACUGCCCCAGCUGCAAGCCAUUCGACGGGUAACGCUCUCCGGGUUGUUGUGCGAAACGAAGGACGUUUCACGAGCCCAACCGAAGGCCUUCAUCCGUGAGGAUCCUUAUCUGAACGCACGGCUUAGCUGCGAGCAGCUUGGUGGGCUUGAUGUUUCUGCAUGGCGUUCGGAGCAGGAUGAUGUGGUGGAAGAGUACAUGCAGGAGGAGCAACCGACACCGCCCGAGUUCGAAGAACUCAACAUGGAUCUGAUCUCGAGUGCCAUCAACAAAGCAAAGACGAAGUUGAACGAACGCAAACGGCAGGAGUACGAAGCAUGGGUGCGACAGGGAGGAAUCGAUGCCAAGUCACCGGACGGAACAGCAGCUUCCUUCAGCAAGGCUAACCGAAAUGCACUGAUCAUCGCCAACACCUCACUGUUUUACGAGCUAGCAACGAACGAGAUCGUCAACUCGCUGCAUACGCUACGGCGUCGCAAGCGUCAAGUAUUUGACAAUAAUCUGGGUGGAUUCACUAGCGAUGACUUCAGCAAUGCCCUUCAAAGCGUAGAUGUCAAUCAGUUCAUUACUGGCUCGAUCUCGCCCAUCAAUCUGGAACCUCAGUGCGAAAAUCUGGAAGCACCGUGCGAUACUUCGACGCCCUUCCGUACAUUAACCGCCCACUGUAACAACCUGCGUAACCCUGAGCUGGGUCAGUCACUUACCGUGUUUGCCCGUCUACUGCCAGCAGCAUACGAUGACGGAAUAUCACAGCCACGAUCACUGUCCGUCACCGGAUCACCGUUGCCAAAUCCCCGUUCCAUCUCCUCAUUAAUCCAUCCGGACAUUUCCAACCUGCACACGCGCUACUCGCUCAUGGUGAUGCAGUACGCCCAGUUCCUCGAUCACGAUCUCACGAUGACACCGAUCCACAAGGGUUUCCAUGAAUCCAUUCCCAGCUGUCGAUCGUGUGACUCUCCUCGUACGGUACAUCCCGAAUGUAGUCCGUUCCCGGUGCCACCCCGUGAUCACUACUAUCCGGAGGUGAACGUAACCAGCGGCGAACGGUUAUGCUUCCCAUCAAUGCGAUCACUGCCCGGUCAGCAAACGCUUGGACCACGCGAGCAGAUUAAUCAAAACACAGCCUUCUUGGAUGCGUCACAGAUUUACGGCGAGAAUGGGUGUAUCGCGAAAAAGUUGCGUGGAUUCUCAGGGCGACUAAACUCCACCAUCCAUCCUAUUCAGGGUAAGGAACUGUUGCCCCAGAGCCCGGUACAUCCGGAGUGUAAAUCGCCGAGUGGGUACUGCUUCAUUGCUGGUGAUGGGCGUGCCUCGGAACAGCCAGGUCUGACCGCUAUCCAUACGAUAUUUAUGCGCGAGCACAACCGAAUCGUCGAAGGACUUCGUGGUGUGAAUCCUCACUGGAACGGCGAUCAGCUGUACGAGCAGGCGCGACGUAUCGUCAUCGCUCAGAAUCAGCACAUCACCUACAACGAGUUCCUGCCCCGUAUCCUCAGCUGGAACGCGGUCAACCUGUACGGGCUGAAGCUUUUGUCGCAGGGAUACUACAAGGAGUACAACCCCACAUGCAACCCGUCGAUUGUGACAGAGUUCGCGACUGCCGCAUUCCGUAUUGGCCAUUCGUUGCUGCGUCCGCACAUUCCACGACUCAGUGUGCAGCAUCAGCCGAUCGAUCCUCCGCUACUGCUGCGUGAUGGAUUCUUCCGCACGGACAACUUCCUUCAGCCCGGACUGGUGGAUGAGAUUGCGCGCGGUCUCGUAGCGACACCGAUGGAAACGCUCGACCAGUUCAUUACCGGAGAGGUGACUAACCAUCUGUUCGAGGAUCGACGCAUUCCAUUCUCUGGGUUCGAUUUGAUUGCAUUAAACAUUCACCGUGGACGCGAUCAUGGCGUACCUUCGUACAAUAACUAUCGUGCGCUUUGCAAUCUGAAGCGGGCACAAACUUGGGAAGAUCUGGGACGGGAGAUUCCGCCGGAGGUCAUUGCGAGGUUGCGUCGCAUCUACGCACACGUCGACGACAUCGAUCUCUUCCCGGGCGGUAUGUCCGAACGGCCGCUGCAGGGUGGACUGGUUGGGCCAACGUUCGCCUGCAUCAUUGCAAUCCAGUUCCGACAAUUGCGCAAGUGUGAUCGUUUCUGGUACGAAAAUGAAGAUCCGGUGGUGAAGUUUACCGAGCAGCAGCUGGCCGAAAUCCGGAAGACGACGCUGGCGAAAAUCAUUUGCGAAAAUCUCGACAUCACCGGUGAUAUGCAGCGAGCAGCUUUCGAUCUGCCAAGCAACUUCCUCAAUCCACGAGUGCCGUGCAAUUCCGUGCCACAAAUUGAUCUCAGUGCAUGGAGGGAAAACGUCGUCCAGGGAUGCCAAAUAGGGGGCAAGAACGUGAACGUAGGUGAUUCGGCCUUCCCAUCGCCGUGUACGAGCUGUAUCUGUACCAAUGAGGGGCCUCAAUGUGCCUCGCUGCGCAUCACCGACUGUGCCCAGCUGGCCCGCGAGUGGCCCCGUGAUGUAAUCCUGCGGGACGAUGUUUGCAGUGCACAGUGCGGACUGGUGCUACAGAACGUUACUCCUCAGGGCCGCAACAUUCCGAUCAGCUUGCGGCCACCUCCUCAGCGUAUUGCGCGGUCCCGCAUCGUCCAACAGCAGACGGCGUCGGCACCGUUCACCUUCCAGGGCUUCCAGUUCCCCGAUCUGUCGCAGUUUAUCGGCUAAA